UUUUCAUCCCUUAACUUUGAUUUGGAAUAUGAGAAAGAAACAUUGAAUCAUAGUCUGCUGUUAUUUAUACAUAUAAUAAAAAUAAUUCAUGUGCACUGGAUUUCUACUUUAUAUGCAGACUUCCUUACAAGAUAGUUUUAAGGGAUGUUAGACGGAUACUGGAAAAUAAACUAGAAAAUAUCUCCGUUAUAAAGAAUACACUGUAGGUCUAAACAUUCUAAUAUGAUCAGGCUUACCUAUAUGUAGAUUUAAAUUAAGAGUGGGCCUAAUUUGGUUUAUUUACAUUAAUUACACCUUUACCUUUGCUCUGUAGCCUACUGGGCCUUUAAGUGGGUUUUACAUCCGGAGCAUCGGCUUCACAUCCCGGGUAGAGAGCCAGUGCCCUGCCGAUGACAACCCACCUCUAACGGGUUUGUUUAUAAAGGAUUUACAGGUGCAUAGCCGCUGCUGCUGGCUCUCGGUCCACAAUGGCCCAGAACCAGGUGAUCCUGCAGUUCCGCUUCGCCACAUUCAGCGACUCGAUGCUGCAGAAAAUGAACCUCCUGCGACACCAGAGGCGCUUCUGUGAUGUCACGGUGCGCAUCAACCAGCUGGAGGUCCCCGGUCACAAGGUGGUGUUCGCCGCCGGCUCCUCGUUCCUGAGGGACCAGUUCAUCCUGCAACAGGACUCCAGGGAGGUGCAGAUCUCCAUGAUCCAGGAGGCGGAGGUGGGCCGGCAGCUGCUGCUCUCCUGCUACACAGGGCAGCUAGAGUUUCCCGAGCUGGAGCUGGUGCAUUACCUGACGGUCGCCAGCUUCCUGCAGAUGGGCCACAUUGUGGAGCAGUGCACUCAGGCCCUCAGUAAGUUUAUUAAACCUGCUCACAAGCUGGAGGUGGAGGGGAGGAGGGAGAAAGAGGAGGGGUUGUCCAAGAGAGAGCAGGAGGUUCGGACUGUCCACCAGAAUAAGGAAGACGAGGAAGAGGAUGACAGUGAUGAUGAUGAUAAUGAUGAUGAUGAUGAUGAUGAUGAUGUGAUCAUACAACCUAAUUCCCCUCCUCAGAUCUUAGGCAGGCGCCUAAAGCAGACUGACAGUGAUAUCGCAAUCGUAAAAGUGGAAUCAGUGUCUGACGAAGCAGAAACCCCCCCUGCUCACUUCCCCAGGAGCCCUCCUCCUGCGCUCCACUCCCCUGAACCCCAGCACUCCCUCAUCAACUCCACCGUAGACAGUCGUUGCAGCGACACAGCGGCGCCCCCCGGGGUGUCGGGAUACCCCCUCAGCCCCCCGCCUCCAUCCCCUCCUGCAGAGAAGCACAGCAUCCACCAGAGGAACUACGACAAACCCCUGCAGUGGUACCACCAGUGCCCCAAAUGCUCCCGGGUUUUCCGGCAGCUGGAGAACUAUGCCAACCACCUGAAGAUGCACAAGCUAUUCAUGUGCCUGCUGUGCGGCAAGACUUUCACGCAGAAGGGGAACCUGCACCGACACAUGCGGGUGCAUGCCGGCAUCAAGCCCUUCCAGUGUAAGAUCUGCGGGAAGACCUUCACGCAGAAGUGUUCGCUGCUGGAUCACCUGAACCUGCACAGCGGGGACAAGCCGCACCGCUGCAACUACUGCGACAUGGUGUUCGCCCACAAGCCGGUUCUCCGUAAACACCUGAAACAGAUCCACGGGAAGAACAGCUUUGACAACGCGAACGAGCGCAACCUGCACGACGGGGGGAUUGACUUUGAUUUUGGUCAAAUAUAAAAUAUCUGGGACCUUUUUUUUUUGUGCAUUUUCUUGAAUGCCUUCAGUCAUCUACAUGCAGACUUUCCCACUGGUGGAAUAUUAUCAAUCUAAAUAACAGUCCUGAGAAACUCACAGCCGGAGGAAAAGAGGCCAAAAUUGCAAUGUCCGCCAAGACCAGCGGUGCAUUCAAAUGCUCCUCGGAUGUUUCCUUUUCCUGUGUUGGGAAGUCUUUAUUCCAACUUCCAUGGAUGCUUAGAAGCAGAUGCGUUGUAUGUUAUUGCUCUGCGCUUAAAGACUUAAAGAACAUAUGAAUAUAUGUUGCCUGUUCUCCGCAAACACCUCAAACAGAUCCAUGGGAAGAACAGUUUCAUCAAAGCGCAACCUGCACGAGGGGGGGACUUUGGUUUCGGGCAAAUAUGAAAUCUGGGCAGAUAACUCUGGAUUCAGCUUUUAGUGCAUUUUACAACUUGAAGACCCUAAUGAUUUAAGAAAGGGCUAUAAAAGUGAUCGUGCUGUGUACUUUAUUUAGCUAAAAAAAAACAAUACACUGAUUUAUAGAUGUCUCAUUGCCAAUGUAAGUCAAUGGGGGAAAGUAUUUUGGGGCCAAAAUGAUGUCACAUACGCUGUAGUACCAACUUCUGGCCACUAAGACCAUUCAUUAAAAUUGGUGCUUUUUUUUGUGGUUUUGUUGAAGGCCUUCAGUCAUUAUCAAUUAUUUAAUUGGCCUUGCCAAAGGUCUAGGCCAAUGGUGCAUUCAAAUGCUCCUCGGAUGUUACCAUUUCCUGAGUUGGGAAGUUUUUAUUCCAACUUCCAUGUGAAGCGAUGUUCAUGUGCUUACAAACAAAGAUGCUUUAAAGCAGAUUCGUUGUUUGUUAUUGCUCAGUGCGCUUAGACAAUACAUUGGUAUCAGUUUGAGCGUUCAUUUUUCCAGACGGAAACUCAUUUUUCUGAUUAUUCUGACAUCACUUGAAUGCAACUGCAAAUGCUCUAAUCUCUAGCUUUUAAAAGUGAAAAAUGAAUGUGGUGUAUCAGCACCAUGAUUUGGAUCUUCUCCAAAAUGUUAUGGGUUCUUCCUUGGCUUAUGUUCCAUCCUUUCACCAAAUUUCAUGACAAUCGGGCCAGUGUUUUCCCGCCACAAAUAACUUCCUUUGCGAUGGUAACGAUGGGCAAAGAUGGAGGCUGUUUUUUCAGAGUGUCAGCCUCCUCCUGAAGGCUUUAACUGGAGAAUGUAAGCAUGAAAAAGUAAGGCCUAUAUUUUACUGUAUCUUCCUUAUUGUGGACUGUUUUAAAAUACAUUGUAGAUGCCUUCAUAUCAUACUUGAAAUAUUAGCACUGAGACCCAACAUACUGACUGUACUUCAUGAGUUUUAGUGAUGAAUUAACACGUCUUUGCGUCUACGUUGUCCAAUGAAAAAUAUAUCCAUGUGUAUACAGUCUACUGUAGCCUUUCUCUCUUAGCUGUGUGAAUACAUUUAACUAAAGGAAACUUGAAAGAGGGCAGGAAGAGGAACAUAUUUUAUUCAAGGCAAGCUACGCCGGCGAGAAACGGGAUGCCAAAGUGUCUAUGUGAACUGCAUCGGUUCUUUUAUACAGACUUUAUAUAUGAGGUACGAUUAGACCAAAGUGACAUUUUAUCUGUCCUGUGUUCAUGGGAGUCAACUUGUGUUGUAAAAUAAAAACUUAUUUAAUGGUUCAA